GGAAAUUAAUCAACCACCUUCUCCAUCUACAUCAGCAAUAGCAUCCAGUGAAAAUGAACUAAUUAGUAGCGAUGAUAAUGACAAAUUUGAAAUAAGUUACAAACUAAUUGUAAAAACAGCGGAAGGAUCUUCAUUAUUAGCAAAAUGGUUUAAAGAAUCAGUGUCAGCUAUCGAUGAAUUUCUUUCAUCAAUUCAUGAUAAAAUUGUUAUGCUUACAAAAGAUGAUAUACUUGUACCAACUGAUUAUAGCAUAGCAUUUAAGACACAAAGAGAGGCCGAUGCUGGUACUCAAUUAGCAGAUGUAUAG